AUGCAGGUGUCUAUCGCUUGUACCGAGCAGAACCUUCGCAGCCGGAGCAGUGAGGACCGUCUGUGUGGACCCCGGCCGGGCCCCGGGGGCGGUAACGGCGGGCCGGUCGGCGGGGGGCAUGGGAAUCCUCCAGGGGGAGGAGGGUCGGUCCCUAAGGCCCGGGCCGCACUGGUGCCCCGACCCCCAGCGCCCGCGGGGGCCCUCCGAGAGAGCACCGGCCGAGGCACUGGCAUGAAAUACAGGAACCUGGGAAAGUCUGGUCUUCGAGUAUCCUGUCUUGGCCUAGGCACCUGGGUCACAUUUGGUUCUCAAAUCUCGGAUGAGACAGCAGAGGACGUGCUGACAGUAGCCUAUGAGCAUGGUGUAAACCUGUUUGACACGGCUGAAGUGUACGCAGCGGGAAAGGCUGAAAGAACCCUAGGCAACAUCCUCAAGAGCAAAGGAUGGAGGAGAUCAAGCUAUGUUGUCACCACCAAGAUUUUUUGGGGAGGACAGGCAGAGACCGAGCGAGGCCUGAGCCGCAAACACAUCAUUGAGGGCCUGCAAGGAUCCCUGGAGCGCCUCCAGUUGGGAUACGUGGACAUCGUCUUUGCCAACCGCUCAGACCCCAAUAGUCCCAUGGAGGGUAAAACCAGCACCCCAGCCCUGACGCGGCGUGGGCGCGCGGCAGGGCACGUGACCGACGCGGACACGGCCACCACGCCGCCAUCGCCGCCAGCUCGCCAUGAGCACGCGGUGCAGAGCGAGUGGUUAGCCAGCGGGCGCGGCUGUCGCUGGCUGAGGGGCAAGCGCGCCGCAGGUUGA